AUGUCUAUUCACUCACAACUGCUGCAGAAACUGUCCAGUCAGCCCAUGAGCUGGUGCAAGGUUGAGGCAGUGGUGACGAGGCCUGACCAAGUGAGCGUUGUGAAGGAUCUCGCACCUCCUCCUGUCGUUGUUUUAUCUCUCAGUAUGAAGACCGUGCAGAAUGCAAAGACUCACCAAAAUGAGAUUGUGGCAAUAGCUGCUUUGGUUCAUCACACAUUUCCUCUUGAUAAGGCACCACCCCAGCCACCUUUCCAAACUCAUUUUUGCGUUCUGAGCAACUUAAUGAACUGCAUUUUCCCAUAUGACUACAAUGAAGCAGUGAAACAAAAGAAUGCCAAUAUUGAGAUUGCGUUAACUGAACGAACUCUACUUGGGUUUUUCCUAGCAAAAAUUCAUAAAAUUGAUCCAGAUGUUAUUGUAGGCCAUGACAUUUAUGGUUUUGAUCUUGAAGUGCUGCUUCAAAGGAUUAACUCAUGCAAGGUUCCAUUCUGGUCCAAAAUUGGGAGACUGAGAAGAUCUGUUAUGCCAAAACUUGGGGGUCGAAGUGGCUUUGCAGAAAGAAAUGCAGCUUGUGGACGCAUCAUUUGUGAUAUUGAGAUUUCUGCCAAGGAGUUAAUUCGCUGUAAAAGCUAUCAUUUGUCUGAAUUGGUACAUCAGAUACUGAAAGCAGAGAGAGUUGUAAUCCCACCUGAAAACAUCCGCAAUGCAUAUAAUGAUUCAGUACAUCUUCUGUACAUGCUGGAGAACACCUGGAUUGAUGCAAAAUUCAUCCUUCAGAUCAUGUGUGAGCUGAAUGUUCUUCCCCUGGCCUUACAAAUCACAAAUAUUGCAGGCAAUGUCAUGUCAAGGACAUUAAUGGGUGGACGCUCAGAAAGAAACGAGUACCUACUGCUUCACGCCUUCACAGAAAAUAACUUCAUAGUGCCAGACAAACCAGUGUUCAAGAAAAUGCAGCAGACCACUGUGGAGGACAAUGAUGAAAUGGGCACGGAUCAAAAUAAAAAUAAGAGUCGAAAGAAAGCUGCCUAUGCUGGAGGAUUGGUCCUGGAACCCAAAGUGGGUUUCUAUGACAAAUUCAUCUUGCUUCUCGAUUUCAACAGUUUGUACCCCUCCAUCAUUCAGGAAUACAAUAUCUGCUUUACUACAGUGCACAGAGAGGCUCCCUCAACACAGAAAUGCCAGCUGUUAUUUGAACAAUUUCUGGAUCUGGAGCAUCAACACUAAGAUGCCAAUUUGCUGACCUGAAUUUAUGCUGCAUGGGAGCAUCUGUAUCACCUAAAGGAGAGGUACUUUGGGAAAGGUAGUGUUACCUGCUAUUUGUGGUAACUGGUACUGGUCUGUUUUAUUUAGUAGCCUAGGUUUUGUUAUCAGACA